AUGAACCCAGACGACGACUUCUACGGAAUCCCCGCGCCGCCUCCCCAUCGCAACUCCUACUCGGCACGACACAAUUCGACCGUCACUCCCGGCGUCGACAACCUUGGCCCGUCUUCUGUCGGCGGCGGGAUCAGCGGCAUCGCCCUCGGUGUCGCCAACAGUCACGACCGCUUAAGCGGCAUCGCCGCCGUCCGCGCCAUGGACCACCAUGACGGCUUCACCGGGCCCGCCGAGCGCGGCUACCACACCACGGGCUCCGAUAAUCCCUACGUGCCCCAGGCCACCGGCUAUACCAGCUCAGAGUCCCUCCGACCCGAGAUGUCCUAUGGCUCGCACAUGGCCCUCGGUGCUUCGGGCGCCACUCCUGGCAUCCAGACCCCCGGCCAGUCAUCCACACAUCUAAGCGAUAGCAGUGCCAAUCGGCGCAGCAUGAUGGAUCAGCAUCCCGGCCCUUACGCCGGUGGUGGCAUCGUCAGCGAUGGCCCCUAUCAGCGACAGUCCCAGUAUAGCACGGGGAAUCUUCCCGGGGUUAUCAACCCCGAUGACAUUGCGGACGAUGGGGAGGACGAGUUCAUGCCCGCGUCCCGGAAUCGGGCCUCGCAAGGCGCGCCAGCAGCUGCGGGCGCCGCAGGGGGUGCGGUAGCAGGUGGCUUCUUGGGCGGGAUGUUUGGUCGAAAUACCCAUGCCAACCCCCAAUAUGGCCCAGUUCCGAGUGGAGCUGGCGGCUUGGAAGCGGGAGCAGGCGCUGCACAGGAGAAAAAGGCCCUGGGCGGGAGCAUGCCAGGCCGGAAGAAACGUGGGUUGAUCGUGGGUCUCGUGCUGGGCCUGGUGAUUCUGGGCGCCAUCGUCGGCGGCGCGGUGGGUGGUACACUGGGCAGCAAACAUAGCGAGGGGUCCGGAAGUACUGAUACGGCCUCAUCGGAUGAAAGUACCAAUGGCGAUCUCACCAAGGACUCGUCAGAGAUUAAGGCGCUCAUGAACAAUGAUAACCUGCACAAGGUCUUUCCUGGUAUGGAUUACACACCCUGGGGCGUCCAGUACCCCCUGUGCCUGAAGUAUCCGCCCUCCCAGAACAACGUCACCCGCGACAUGGCCGUUCUCUCCCAGCUCACCAACAACGUCCGCCUGUAUGGUACCGACUGCAACCAAACAGAGAUGGUCCUACACGCCAUUGACAAGCUCGAGCUGACGGACAUGCGAGUCUGGCUGGGUGUAUGGAUUGACUCGAAUGAUACCACCACUACCCGCCAGCUCAACCAUUUGUACGAUAUUUUGGACGACACGAAGCAUACCUCCAUUUUCAACGGCGUCAUCGUCGGAAACGAGGCUCUGUACCGGGCCGGCUCGAGCAAGGCGAGCGCCGAAAAGACCCUCAUUGGCUAUAUCAACGACGUCCGCGAUGAGGUCAACAAGCGCAACCUCGACAUGACCAUUGCCACGUCCGACCUAGGCGACAAUUGGAACGCAGACAUGGUUGAAGCUGUCGAUGCUGUCAUGUCCAACGUCCACCCCUUCUUCGCCGGUGUACAGGUCGACGUCGCCGCGGCGUGGACUUGGUCCUUCUGGCAGAGCCACGAUGUCUCCCUGACGAAGGGUACCAGCAAGAAGCAGAUCAUCUCCGAGGUUGGCUGGCCGAGCGGUGGCGGUAAAGACUGCGGCGAUAGCCCGGUCUGUGACUCCGAUACCCCAGGCUCGGUCGCGAGCAUUGACAACAUGAACCAGUUUAUGAAUGAUUGGAUCUGCCAGGCUCUGGAGAAUGGCACUGACUAUUUCUGGUUCGAGGCCUUCGAUGAGCCCUGGAAAGUCCAAUACAAUACUCCCGGCAAAGCGUGGGAAGAUAAGUGGGGGCUUAUGGACGCAGCCCGCAAGAUUAAACCGGGCUUGAAAAUCCCAUCCUGUGACGGCAAGACCGCUUCGUGA